GAAAAAACGUGUACUCAAUAAGUUACACCUUGUUUGUAUCGAAAAGCCUGUGAUCUUAUGUAAAAUAUUUAAUAACGCGUUAAAAAACAAUAAGUUCUCUCGGCAAAGGUGAAACGUCACACAGAAUUGUAUAAGCAUCCUGGGCUUAGUGUUUUUGUCUCUCCUCUCUCUCAUGAGCCGUAGAUUAUUUUAAUACCAAAAGAUUUAAAACGCCGUAAAAGUUGAACAAAUGAGUUCGAAAUUUGUAUCGGAAAGUGAAAUCUUGGAGCAGAGAAAAAUACGCCAAGAGGAAUGGGAACGAGUUCGAACACCUAAUCAGCCUUUAGAGGUUCCAGAGGAGCCUUAUGAUCCUAGGUGUUUAUAUGACAAGCUACAGGAACAGAAAAACAAACGAGAUGCCGAUUACGAAGAGGCACACAAGCUCAAGAAUAUGAUAAAGGGACUUGACGAUGAUGAAGUAGAGUUUCUUGAUUUGAUAGAUAGGACAAAGAUGGCUGAGGAAAAAAAGAAAAAUAUGGAAGACGAAAAAGAAAUGAGGGAUUUUAAAGCAGCUGUAGCAUCCCUGCAAGAAAAAUCUUUGGAUAAAAGGUUAAAGCAAGAGUUGAAACAACCGCAAAGCAGUAAUAAAUCUACUAGCAGCAAUAAAAAUUCACAACUCAGACUACUGGCAGGUGUCGUUAAAAAGUCGGCCAAAAAUGAUAACGUAUCACAAGGCGUGAAAAGGAAACUGUCAGAAACUGAAAGUUCUAGUCCAGAGAAACAAUCAGAGGCCUCUUCAGAAAAACAAACGAAAACCAACAAAGUCGUUGAAGUACAUGUUAACAAUUCAAAUUUGAAUAUUGGUGCUCUCAAGUGCAUAGGAAUACUUCCAGGAUUAGGUUCUUAUGAAAAUUCAAGUGAUAGUGACAGCAGUAGUGAUUCAGAUUCUGAUGAUGGCGAAGGUUGCAGCCAACACCAAAAAGUGGACAUGUUGGGUCGUGAGAUAGCGCAACCAAAAGAAGUAGCGGAAGAAUGAUCAUCUUGUUAAU